UUAAACUUGAGUAUCGGGUAGUCAGAAGUCUGCCGCGAGCGUGCAACGUCUUUCGCAACCGACGCGUUCCAAUUUUAAAUUCAUCGAUACAGAUUAUAAUAUCGAAGUAAAAAAAAAAUAAGUAUAAACUUUUUGAGCAAUGUGAAUUAAAAAAAAAAUGUGCGAACUCUUUUCCCUUGCUUAGAAGCGAAUGGAACCAAAAAGAAAGAUGCACGGCGUGGUACGGACUGCUCUACACAUCUCGAUAUUCCUGCUAUUUCUGGGACCGUUGCCCAUCAGUGGGUUUGAGCCACGUCCAGAGAUCGGUUAUCCAGCCGGAUUAUUACCAGAAUGUCCAGGAGUAACGAAGAACGCGAGCAUAACCCCGGUGAUGAUGAAGAUGUUGCAGAUCAUCGUUCACCGGAUGUCGGAUAAGGGCCAGGUGUUGAGGAAACAGUUCCCCAUCCUGACCGCACACAGGUCCAUUGCUAAAGAGAAGACCAUAGAUUUCAAAAAUAAGAAAACGGUGCUUUAUGCGGUUGGCUUCUUGGACAGUUCGGUGUUUCCUCAAAGCCAGGCCAUCGGCACCGCUUACUCCAAGCGUGGCUACAAUGUCCUUAUUACUGAGACCUUUGAUUUCCUUACGUAUAUUUAUCCCAAAUCGGUCCGUCUAACAAGAUACAUCGGCAAGAAAAUCGGCGAGUUCCUAGUCAAACUGACGGACUACGGACUCAAAGCUGAAGAAUUAGAAUUAGUGGGAGCCAGCCUUGGAGCUCACGUAGUGGGCCAUGCAGCCAAAUAUUUCUAUGCAGCCACUGGAAAGAAACCUUCUAGAAUAACAGGUCUAGAUCCAGCUGGACCUUGCUAUAGAUCGUUACCACCUACAGAAAGACUUGACAUUUCAGAUGCAGCAAAAGUAGAUAUAAUCCAUACUAAUAUUGACGGGUUCGGUAUAGCAGAAAGGCUAGGACAUAUAGAUUUUUACGUAAACGGAGGAGAAUUUCAACCAAGUGAUAUCCCAUACAUACCGUGCCUAGUUAUGUGCAGUCAUAUUCGAGCGAUCUUAUAUUGGUGGCAAGCUAUCGAACAUCCUAAGAAAUUUAUUGGUGUUGAAUGCCAUACAGUACAAGAAGCUAGGUUCGCUAAGUGUUAUAAUAAUACCAAACUAAAUUAUGUAGGUUUAGCAGCUGAUUUCAACAAGCCUGGUAUAUAUUAUCUGCAAACGCACAAUGAGUUCCCAUAUUUUAAAGGGAAGGAAGGAUUGAAAGAAGAGAAUGAAGUUUUCUUAUCCUUUAUUAGGAAAAUUAACUCUGACGAUAAUUUUCAGGUAUAGGUAAUUUAAGUAUGAAUAGAAAAAAUGUGUUAAAAUUGAAUGAAGUUGAUGUAGCUUCCGGAUGAAUCCAGGUGUUGAAUGGAGGUUGACAACAUUACAAAUUCAUGUGAUGAUGUAAUUUGAAAAAAUAAUGAAUGUUAAUACCUAUAGAAGCUUUUAAAAGCAAUAAAAGCAGACGUUUUUCUAGUAAUUAUUUAAAAUUGAUAAAGACGUCAUUUCUUCUUAUUUUGAUAUGGUAAAAUAGAACUUUUUAUAUUGGAUAGAUAAAUAAUAGAUCCGAAAAUAAGUGAAUGCGUAGUUGGUAGCAAUGCAGUAACUUAAAGUUAAGUACAAUACAAACUAGGUUGUAAAACAAGAAAAUGGGGCAAUAGUAAUAAAAUAAGUUUAGCAGUUUAUCCAUACGUAAUAAAGUAGUAUAUUUUAUGAUAUUAUACCUAUUGUGAGUUUACUGACAGUAAUUUCAUCGAUUCUUAUUUUGAUAUAAUGGAGAUAGUCCUCGAUGUAUUUAAUAAAUACAACGAAGAGAUUAUUCUAGUCUUUAAAUUAACUUGUAAUUUGGAUGAUUGUUAGGUAAUCGUGAUAUUCGUCAGUUAGGAUAAGAGAUAAUAAAUAAUUUUGAUAAGUACAUUAUUAAAUUAAUAUAGUUUUAAGGCGUCGUCGAUUGCAUUGUAAAAGUAAAAAAUAAUUAAUUCGGUUAGGGUUUUACCAUUGAUACAAGGAUAUUGUAGUAAUAUUAUCAUAUGAUAUCCUUGCAUCGAGAUUAGAAAAAUAGUUUUUAAUAAUUCUUUUUAAUAGGUCAAGAUUUUAUCUAUUAUUAAAAUAUUAAUUUUGACCUUUAUGGUCCAAAACAUAUUUAAAAGCUGA